GAAGCACCGCGCAGUUGAUGGACGAUUGCCUGAGAGGAAGGAGCGAGUGUCUAUGUCUGGAUGCGUAUUCAUCCCCCUGUGAAAUGUGCCUUCCUUGACGCUGACCCCACUGUGUCAAGAACAUGUGUACGAUGUGAGGAUAUCAUUAAACCACAACAAGACGGACCCGUGAGAGUGCGAUGGGGAAGAUCCGUGAGAGUGGCAGCAAGGCGUGUGUUGGGGCCAGCAAGGACCCCCGAGCACUGCGGCAAGUGUUCGUAAUGUGAAGGGACUGCACGGAAACCAGGCCAGCUUAUUGUAACCUAAUGGCGGUGAAACACUACUUGGCCUGGACCGUGAUGCUGGCGGCCCUCCCGGGGGCCACAACACUGUGUAACUCUUGUAUCGUUGAUGUGGGAGCAGACGCUUCGUUAGGAUUUCUGGACCCCACCAUGUGUUGUGACGAGGUGGAUUACCCUUUCACCUUCCUGGCACACUUCAGCGCCUAUCAGCACAGCAUAACCUUUCACCUGCACGAGUAUUACCUGCUGGACACACAGAUACGGGUGUGUCAGAGUGUCUUCUACGACCUGUUUUACAACUACGACUACGUUGCCGACGACUACAACAUCGAAACCUAUUGUUUGGAGGACUACCCUAUCAGGUGCCUCCCUGACCAGCUGCCCAACCCGCCAGAACUCAGCUUUAGGACGUGGAGUGAAGAUGGUGUCCUCAACAUCACAGUCCCGAACAAGCCUCGCCCUGUCCUCCAAACACAUGGUCCUUACGCCAAGAGACCCAUCUUCAACAUCACUUAUGACCGGCGGCAGACUGGCGAACCCGCCCACAUUGCUGACGGAGAAAACAUCCCCAACCUUGACAUGUGCAGCUUCAAUGGCUAUCCAGUGUUGACCCUUCAGGCAGACCGGUCAAGACUAUACGCUUUCAAGUGCCAGUGUGUGGGUGACGCCUAUGGACACAACUGUCAGUGGGGAGGAGAAUGCAAUGCACACAAUCGCAACACUCUCUGCAGUACACAUGGGGAAUGCAGGUACUACAGAGGCAGCAUCAAGUGUAUGUGUGACCAGAAUCACUUUGGCUACAGGUGUGAGCAUCACAUCUCCAGUGGCCAGCCUCUCCAGCCAUCAGCUUGUUGGGAAGUGGGACUGGAAUGCAGCCACUUGUGUUCUCUGGUCAAGGAGCCACAUUGCUUAUGUCCUCCCCACCUGGUGUUGCACAACACCACACAUUGCAUCCCUCGAGCCCAGCUGGUGGACGUGACCGUGCAGCUCCUGGACAGCCAUCCCCACCUGCCCCUGGACCAGGUCACAGAACUGCUGAGGGAAGCCUGCAUCACAGUGGUGAAUGCCAGCUAUGAGAAUAGCAGUAGUAAGGAGUUUCACUUCGCAAUGAACAAGUAUCAGAGAAACUGCCUCCCAGAGAAAAGUCAGUGGGAAGCUGUGCUGGAGUCUUCUGUCAACCUCAACCUCCCCAAGCAAGAUUUUCUUUGGGUCGGUCCUCUCAACAAGUCUGUGGAAGAAGGGAAUCUGGUGCUGAAGUGCACAGUGUAUACAUCAUUGCUUCCUGUUCGUGUGUCCUUCUUCACUGGGCAUCACCAAAUAUUCAGCAGGGAAGUAGAGUCAUGUUAUGGACAUUACCAUGAUGAAGUAAUAACUUUCUGGCUUGAGAAAGAUGAGGACUCCAUAAACACUACUUGUUCCUUUAAUAACAUCUGUACCAACAACACAAUCUGCACCAUCACACUGAUGGCGGAGGGAUAUGAUCCUGACCUGGACUGGGAAAAAUUCAGCGUGGAAGUCAGCCAGGGCAACACCACCACUCAACAGUCAGUGGUGGUGGAGGUCGACCCUCAGCUGGUGGUGGUGGUGCAGCCGCCCAGUGCUGCAGUGAAGAAGAGUGGCAACACCACCUUGAUAUGCACUCUUAUAGGGGACUGGAAAUGGAAUGAGGACUGUGAAAUCAGUUGGGUGUUCCCUGUGGACAGUGGCGUCUUUGAAGUGGAGACACCUGCAUGGAAUGUAUCAUACUUGUACAUUAAGGACCUAGAGCGAUCCAUUACUGUUUCGUGUGAAGUGGCAAUUUGGCGAUUCUGUGACGACAGAAUGAACAGGAGCACAAGUGUGUGUGUGGGCCGAGGGUGCAAGCCAGAGGUGGUGACCAUCCACUGCCUGGAGCCAGAAACACUCUUUUGUCCAGAGCAGAAGGACGCCUCACAAACCUGGCACAUCACACCUGUGAAUGCUAUGAGCUACAGUAACUGUCCAGAAGGCUUUGAUGGGAUCAGCAAGAGGGUUUGUGAGCUUGGGCAGAAUGAUGCAGCAAUAUGGGCUGAACCAGACUACUACCACUGUGUGUAUCAGCCCUUCAGCACGUUGCUAAAAAGGCCUGUCAUGCGUUACUUGAAGAGAGGCUUCCAUGUUGCUGUGGACUGCAACAGCACUGUGAUGGAAAUAAAGCAGCUCUUUGAAGCAAGGAGGAGUAUGCUGCUGCCUCGAGAACAUGUCUUCAUCCAAGAUCAAAUGAAGUAUUUAUUGAAGCCUGGUGUCACUCCUGUUGACAUAGAGGUGUUCUUGAGAUUCUUCCAAGAGAUUAGAAAGAAGAUGGCAUCAAAUGAUGCAUGGCAGCUGAUACCGCUAGCGAGGACUUACCUGAACCUGGUGACAGGUCAGAGGGGCGCCUGUGUGCUGGAUGACCUGGUGCUGUUAGUGCAGGACAUUCCAGCAGAGUGGGAAUACUCCAAUGAAGAGCACAGCAAGAGACUGCAUUUGGAAAUGGCAGUACAAGCAAAGGAGGGGAAGGCAUUGCAUGCAGGUGCACUUGUGUUCCUGGAUCCCAGGAGCAUUCCAGCAGGUGUUGUGUAUGACACAGAAAGCAAGCAGCAGGUCCAUGGCCACAAGCUAACUGGGCCGGUGGUGGAGAUUGUGGUAUCCACCAAUAAUGACAUGUCGCUUGUUGCUGAGAACAUCACUGUGAACAUGUCCUACUAUGACCUAGAUGUGACCACAGAAAGGAAUGUGUGUGGUGGAGCUAAGGUGUCUGGGACUCUGGCAGAGACUCUUAAGUGGGAUCUGACCAGGUGCACUGUGCUGAACCCAGGACACAGAAGUAGGAGGAUUACCAGGUGCCACUGUCAGGGCCCUGGAGUGUUUGCUUUCAUUAAAAUGCCAGAGCUUGUACCAACAGAUACAGACUGAUGAUUCAGCCUUGAAGAGGCCAGUGGUGGUGGUGGUGGUGGUGGUUGUGACCUGCUGUGCAUUUAUCCUGCUGCUGCUGCUGGUAUUACUUCGCGUCUUUCUCCUCUCGUCAGCUUCAUCUCUGUCUUCUGGUAGACGACGGCAAAACAAUGGUGGCAGCAGCCUAAUGAAUGAGCUUAAAGCUAGAAUGACGUCUUCCAUGCUUUGCUUUUCUUCUGAUACAAAUGCACAAAGUGAUAUAGAAAUGGAUUCCAUGUCCUCUACAUCAGAGGCUCCACACUCCUCUCCUGGAUCCACUAGUGUCAGAAGCAGAAGGAAUAAUAAGGACUUCUACCCAGAUCCUCAUUACUUAAACAUGGAAUCUGCAACAGACUUCAAGAGAUUCGUACAUUCACAUAUAUAUGAAAACGUCUUUGAUCAUUCAGAACCUAAACAACAAGCAAGACAAAAUUCACAUGUCUCAGACUGUGAGUACAUGAUCCCAGAUGACAUUCACUUCCCUUUGUUUGAUGAUCAUGAGUCAGACCCAGAUGAUAGCCAGUGUUAGGAGGUCAUUAGGGAAGGCAAUAUCAAGGAAACUGCAAGUGGUACAAAUUACUUACUGUGUGUGUGUGUGUGUGUGUGUGUGUGUCAUCAUCUUUGAAGGAUAAAUGGAUUGUUAUAGGUUUCUUGUGUGUCUUUAGCAAGUAGGAAAUGUUUUUUACUGUUAAGAAAAUGCCAUUCUUAACAAAAAUGUUAAGAAUUUUAAUUGAUAUUAUAUUAUUUUGUAAAAUCAGUCUCAAAAUUCUCAAAAUUGCAGAACUUUUUGAUAGGAAAUCAAACAUGUUUGUACAAAGAAAAUCUGUGUAGUAUUUGUUUUUGCAUAUUGCUAUGAAUGUAUGUGAAUGUUCACUUCAGGAAAGCUUGAACAUAUCAGGGUAAACACGGAGUCAUUGUUGAAUGCUGCACUUGUGUUCACUAGUACAUAAUCUGAGUUAGCAUUGUGUGUUAGUGUAGGCAGUGCAUGAGCUGUAACAGCUGUUUUUAUCAGCCACUCACUGGUGGGAUGUGUAUGCCAUGUACAAGUGGAGAGAAAAGGCAGAGACGGUUAUACUUAAUGGGUUAUUGAUUAGGCCUAAGGUUGACUUUGUGAUUAAUUGCUAGAUAUGAUUUAUUUUGUGGUGGAUCAUUGUUGCCUUUCGUGUAUGAACAGAAAAUUUUUGUAACAUAUCAACAUUCACUCUUUUUAAUAACAAAGAGGGUAAGAAAUCCAACAUUCUUCUAGUAAUUAGACUACAUACAACAAAUUUUUUUUUUUUUUUUUUUUCCUGUAGGCAGUGCAUUGAGAAUUAGUUUUUUUUUAUUAUUUUUAUUGUUUUAGGCAGUGCAUUGUAGAUUAUAUUUAUUUCUAAAAUUUAGGAAUAUCUUAGUGGAAUAAAAUAUUGAAAAGAUUAUGAAAAUUUUUUUUAACAAUGCCUGCCUAUUCUGCUUGAUAUAGGAAUGAAUUCAAUUGCCUACAUUGUUUUUUGGGUUUUUUCCUGUAUAUGGGUAAAUAUUUAACAAGAUUAAUAGGUUUAGAUAAUUUUCAUGUUUUCUUUUUCCCAACACCAAAGGAUACAGAAAGGAUGAAAUACAAGUGUGGGAUCAAGAGUAAGGUGGAGAUGGUGUUGUGCACUCAGACCAAGUGUUCACCUGUCAUCUUAGCACUACUUGUUGCUUCAUUCUUGAUUCCUGUCUUAUUCUCAUGAAGGUAAGGCAUUCACUCACACAUGCUCUGGUGAUGCAUAUUUUGUAUUUUUUGUGUUAGUUCAUUCAGACUCGUCAUAAGAAUAGAGAUCAUCUUUUUUUUUUUUUUUUUUUUUUUUUCCAUGAUGAUGCUUGCUCCAGGGGUAAUGAUCUGUGAUUUAUACUUAUUAUUUGUAGUUUUUUAAGCCCAAAAUAUGGCAAAUAAUUCCCUUUAAUAAAGUAACCUUUAAGAUCAUAAGACUUUUAUGUAUAGUAACUGUUACCUAAGUUGAAUGUUUUUUUACAAGCCAGAUUUGAGCUCGUUUUAAAAUGUAAUAGAAAUACAUUUUGAUGGAAUUUUUCAGCUUUAUAAUGUACUAGUUCUUCUUUGAGCAUUGCUGCCCUUGCUUUGCUAGAGCAAAUAGAUUAGAAAAUGAGGUAUACAUUCGAGUCAUGCAUAUUCAUCAGGUGAUGCAUCAAAUUAUUUGAAUUAUUAGAAGAUACUGAGAGAAAAUCCCUUCCUGGAAAUGUUUAAAGACAAUACAAAUAUUCCAGUGUCUUUUUUCUUUUUGUAUAAAAGUUAUUAUCAAAAGUUAAUCAUUAAUCACCUGCCUAGAGAUAGUUAUUUAUAAAUAGCAAGUACAGUAUUGCAUAAAAACAUUGUGAAAUAUAACCAAAGGGAAUGUAAAGAAAUAAGCUGGUUUUAUGAAGUGUUUUCCUUGGAGAUUAGACAACUUGAGGUAACAGAAGAUGCUGGCAAAGAUGGAGGGUGAAGGAGGUAGGCUUAGCAUUCAUGGUUGGAAAGAAAAAAAAAAAAAAUUAGCAAAAAACUGCAUUAACACAAAAUGUUAGCACAGUACGAGAAAUGCCUCCAUAGCAAAAAAAAAGAAAAAAGAAAUUUAAUUAAAUAAAAACAUGAAUUGAACAUGUUGGCUCUGGAAUGCUUGGUGGCUGUGGCAUUCACUUCACCAACUAGCAGUAGCAUACCUGGAGCCAGCUCGCACCUUGGAUUUUGGCCGGCAAGUCAAAGUGAAAAAUCAGCUAAGUGACAGCUUGCAUCUCAAAUUUCUUGUAAGUAGGGAUGCUCAUAAGUCAAGGUUCCACUGACAGUAAAGUAAAAUCUUGUGGACCACCCAUCACAAAUCAGACCUUAAGUGCAUUCAGUACCUCACAUAAUACAUUGAUAUUUACAAAAGUAAGAGAUCAGUUGUACAAGCCAUAAAAGAUUUUGUUAAGAAACACAUGACAUUUCUCAGAUCAUAAUGACUAUUCCUUCAUCACCUAAGAAUUUUUCCCCUCCUGAGCAAGUAUUCAU